UGUAAGAAAUAAUACUAAAUCGGAAGGAACGCAAACGUCUGGCAAAUUUCAAUUGAUUUUGUGUGAAAAUUGUUUUGUGGCUAUGCCAAAGAAAAAACCAGAUUUAGGUCGUCGAAGUAACACAAAUGUUCAAAGAGCAAGCCAGCGUGCUAAUCGCAGCGAUGACCAACGAGAGGCAGCUAAUGAAAACAGCCGCAUUAGUAUGUCACAAUUGCGUUCGCGACGUACUAAUAAUGAAGCGGAUAGACGAAGAAUGCAACAACACGAUGCUCAUCAAUUACAACGACAGCGAGAACGACGCAAUGCAAUGGACCGAUCACGUAGACUCGAUGCUCCUGUGGUCCUGGAACGCGCAGCAUUCCACUACCAACCGGAAAUAGAUUACGGUGCCGACAAAUCGGUAACAAUUGGAGAAAUGACAAGCAUCUGUCGUUAUUGUAAGGCUAUAAAAUACAUUGGUGAACCUGAUGGACUAUGUUGUGCCAAUGGAAAAGUAAAGCUGCCCCAAUUACUCCCGCCUCCAGAGCCAUUGAAUUCAUUAGUUUUGGGGACCAAUAAUGACUCAAGCCACUUCUUAGCCAACAUCCAAAAAUUCAACAACUCUUUUCAAAUGACAUCAUUUGGUGCAACACACAUUGUACGGGAGAAUUUUAUGCCCACUUUUAAGAUACAAGGCCAAAUUUAUCACUUGGUAGGAGCGCUACUACCACCACCAGAUGCAAACCAUCAAUUUUUACAAGUGUAUUUUAUGGGGAAUACAGAUGCAGAAGCUAAUAUGCGUUGUUCUCAAGACCCAACACUGAAGCAAACUAUUAUUCCAUGCAAGAAGAUUUAA